ACUUCAGAUAUGCAGCCUGCAUAAACUGCAUUAGCAUGGUUAACAUGCCUCUUUUGAUUCGGGUGGAUAUUUUGACCGAAUCGCAUGCACUUCAGCGACAACGACCCCUUUCCAGUCCUACCGAUUCUCGGUGUGGAGCGUACAUGUGCUGCGCACAGCAUGUUUUCCAGAAUCGAUUAGGCCCACUGCCAGGUAAGACAGCCUAAGUGACUUCACUGGAUCUGGAAAGGAAUGAGGUUUGCGUGAGUGGGGGACUUUUUUCUUUUUUUCUUUUUCUUUUCUCUAUUUUCCCAUCUGAAUAUAUUGGUCAAUGUUUCCUUAUUCCUUCUUCUCUCUCGCGUUCCCCCUCUUUCCUCCUAAUGGGAGAGGUUUUCUGUGGCUGGAUGAUCGGCCAGGCCUGCAGGAAGCUAGUUGGUCCAGAUGUGAUAUGCACGGUGCUGAAAUAAGCCGCCAAGAAGAGAUCAUUGGUAGUGUCCGAGUGAGAUUUUCC